AUGCUCCUCUAUCUCAGCUGGCGUAUAUUUCUUAACUGUUAUUUUACAUACAUUCGUCCAUGGUGGUUAGUACAUGUGGCAUACUCAAGCCUACGGCCAACAUUCUGGGAUAUAAAGAUUAUUUUGAAGCCUCAAUUCCUGGGGCCCAUCGCAUAUUUUGCUGGAACUGCGGUAUUCAACAUUAUCGGGGUAAAUUCUAUCUCUGAAGCUGGUAUCCGUGCAGCUCGUCUCUCAAUCUUUACUUUGUUACUUCUUUUUUGGGCCGGAGAUCAUGAAUAUGGAGCUCGUCUGCUUGGAGUAUCAUUAGGGACCUAUCAGUACAUCCAUCGAAUAUCUGCAAUAAUGGCAGUACUACAAGGCACUAUUCAUGUGGUUAUUAAAGGCCAGGAGAUGCACUUCUCAGCUUCGAAUACUGUACAAUUCUAUGGCCUUAUGGUAAGAUCUAUGUUUCUCGUGCUGCUACUUUUUCCACUAGUAAAACGGCGGGUCUAUGAAAUAUUUCUCAAAAUUCAUCAAGGAUGUGCAAUCUUUACUCUCUACAGUAUUUGGCGGCAUGUUAAUGCAUCGUACACAAGAUACUGGGUCUACUUGCUUACAGCUACUUUUACUACUACAGCAAUCCUGCAAGUGUCUCGCAUAAUCUUUCGGAAUAUAUCAAGGGGGAAAAAGUCCACUAGAUUCGUUACCCAAUCUUGUGGAGAUGGUAUGAUCCGUGUAACAUUGUUACUCCCACGACCGUGGACGAUACGAGCUGGAGAGCGUGUCAAUAUCAAUAUUCCAGGACUCGGAUUUCGCUAUACGUUUCAAUCACACCCGUUUUCCAUUGCAUGGUGGGAGGAAGAUACUUCUGGCAGAGUCCAGUCUAUUUCACUACUUAUUAGGGCGCGAUCUGGCUUUACUAGGAAGCUAAUCGACUACUCGACGUCAUCGAUACAACAAAGGGCAUGGAUUGAUGGUCCAUUCGGUCCCUCUAGUGUCAGUUCGAUAGGUCCUUUAGGAGUUGGGGAUUACAGUCAUGUUUUCAUGGUUACUACUGGAAUUGGCAUUGCCGCUCAGCUGCCAUAUAUCAAGGAGCUUCUUUCUGAGACCCGUAAAGGGCGAACGAGAACGCGGAAAAUAUCACUAGUAUGGCAGUUACAGCGAGAGGGAGACUGGGAGGGUGCAAGAGAUUGGCUACAAGACUUAGUAGAGCAAGAUAACGGAUGUAUGUUAAACGUCACUAUCUAUGACCAGCUGGAAUCACCGUCAAAGGUUCCACAUACAGUCGGACAUCACGAACUGAUCACUACAUAUUGCGGCAAUGUAGACUGGAAAGAGCAGCUAUUAAAUGAGCUAGAGCACCAGGUCGGUCAGCUUCUCGUGGCAGGUACUGUUACAUCAUGA